AACGUAGAAUUUUCAGGCCGAAACUACCCGGAUAAUCUUAUCAAGGACACAGUCACAUCAUAUCCUUAUCUUCAAGUGAUAAGCAGUCGCUAAUGGGUAAAAAAACUAGGAACCAAUCAAACGGGCAAUUCUUUCUCCACACCUGGAUAUGAGUUAUCCAAUGACGAUGACAGGAGUGUCAGGCAAAAAAUACUACAGUAUGAAGAUACCAAGUCUGCUUUGCUUUUUCGUGCUAUCUCUAAAUUUUGCGAUACCAAGGGCCUAAAAGAUAAAAUUAUCAAUCCUCAACAAAAGAAAUAUCAUGUAAAGUUUCCUUGGGAUGUCUGUCGAUAUUAAAGCUAAAAUCUUGGCUGAUAUUUUCAACAUACAAAGACUCCAGGGAACAUUCUCCAUCAGGGAAUCUUCUUAAAAAGGCGACAUCCACUCCAGUCUACCCGCUAUCGACCAAUAAACGUUUUAAAGUCGCUUUUCGAAGUUUUUGGAACGGCCGUAGAGACUGAGCUACCUUUUUCCAAGAGCAAAGAUUUUAAAUUUUAUUGCGUGCUUGGUUGAUUGGUUAAGGAGGAGGUUGAUUGAUUUUAUUGCGUGAUUGGUUGAUAAAUUUUAUUUUAUUGGUUAUUGGCUGUAAAGAGUGGCAACCAAUCACCAAUUCCAUUAUCCUUUGCCAUUUUAACCAUUGUCCCCGCGUAUGGUUGUUGGUUUGCAGUCAAAAGAAAAUGGAAAAAAGUUGAAUAAAGUGCAUUACGUUAGGCUGAUCAAACUUUUCACAUUCAAUUGAAUACAAUCUCUUGAAAUAUUCAAAAAAUAGCUUUAGUUUUAGUGUUUAUGAAGGUGAAUUUAAUAAAAAAAAUACAGCCUUUAUUCUUUAAAUUGCAUCCUUAUAAUAUUCCUAAAGUUAAAGCUUCAACUUAUGGGAUCAAAUCAUCCAAAAAUGUACAUCAAUUCAGAAUCCUAGUCACCAACUGGCACUGGCUUCGUACGCUUGUUCAAUCUGCAACUGAUAGUAUCAAUGACGCAAUCUUCUUUAUUGCUUCAUGUUAGUUUGUGUUAGUAUCCUUAACGUUUAAGAGUGAGCAACUUGUAGCAAGACCAUUUAAACUCGAGUUAGAAGAAAAAUCUACUACAAGAAUCAAGCAAAUGCUAUCAGCACCCACAACAACAUCAACAACAUCACCCUUUCUAAUGAACGGUGAAUCGUUCUUCCAGGCAAAAUACCAUUUAUAAAUCUUCACGGCUUAGAAAAGAUAUGAUAUUUUGAAAAAAGGUCUUUUGAUAGAGAAUCCAGGUUGGAAUAUGAACAUUUAAAGAUAGGCCGCUUCUUAGAUAGAGUAAAUCUACCAUUUUUUGCUGUAUUAAAGUGCUGUUGGAAGUGCCAGGGCCCCUACAAACAUUUCAAGAUGGGAGCUCGAGCCCAAAGCCCCUACCUUGCUGGCACCUGUGGGCACUUUUCAUUUGUGGGCACUUUUCACUUGUGGGCACUUGUGGAUAAAUCAGCAAUUUGCAGUAGAUAUGGGAACCUUGCUGCCCCGGAAAGCAUGCUUUGUUUUAAAAGUAAUAUUGUUUAGGUCAGAAGGGAACUUUUUUAAGCGACAACGUCUUUUUAUAUCUUAUAAGCUCGAUGAAGGGUUUUAUAUGAUCUGAUUUUGAUUCAGCCAACCGAAUGUGAAUUUCUGCGUUGUUUCAUAUUGAAAAUUCCCAGACACAUUUCUGCCAGAGGGAAAGGAGAGUCAGUCAACAAAAGACAAAGAAUGUGAACAGAUGACACUACCCACAACACAAAAUAGCCAUGUUUAAUAUCUGUCUGUGUUGAUAGCAAGCCAGAUAUGGGAAACGGACCAUUAAGUAAUUUUAGGCGUGUAUCCUAGGACUUAGGCCUGGGUUCAUAAGGUUGCACCUUGAAUUAAAGCCUGGUCUUAAGAGUAUCGUAUUAGCCUUUUAUAAACUGAAGGAUCCAGACAAGCGAACAAACGAAGCGAAAAUUAAAGACAAGGAUUAGCAAGAUGAGCAGCGUCGAGCAAAAGUCACUUGGCCAUGAGAAACAUGCUGGAGCAGCCUGUAAGAAAUGUGGACCAAAAUGCGAGGGACUAGACCUACAUUUCUGGAGAAAAGUGUGCAAUAAUUGCAAGUGCAAGCUUGAAGAGCAUGAAGUUGAAAUACCGUCAAAAACACGUGUGCCGAAGAAGUUUGUCAAAAAGAAGAUCAUUGUAGACGAGGGUGGCAGACCUAAUUACCCUGACAAGAGGCUAUCGCUGGUUGACCCAACGCCACAAGCUGCCUCGAGUCUCUCAUCUUUGGAAGAUCAGAAUGACGCUGGCUUCCCGCCUCCAUUCGAUGGACUAGGCAUGAAUGAAGCACAUAAUGGCAUGGAAACGAGCAACCCAUUGCCAGAUAAUGUGAGGAACAGUUUUACGUUUUUACCAGAUGGAGCAAAUGAAAAGACGGUAUCAAAGUACCUCGCAGCAAUACCAGCCGAAAAGGCCCCAACCAACGAGGAAGGAUGUCAAUACCAGAAGGAGCAGAUGAUGCAGCAGCUGCCAGCACAUGAUUUCGAGGAAUCAAUGCCAGAUUACGAUUUGACAGAGGAAGAAAAGGAGAAGAUGAUGAAUUUCAAGAAGAAGAGAGAUGAAGAGGCAUCAGGCCAAGGGGCCAUUAGGGAGCAAACCGAGUUGAUUGCAGCUCCUCCUAGCUGUACAGAAUGCGAGAAAGGGUUUCAAAGUGGCGGUGUUGUGAUAUUUGCCAAUUUACUAGGCCCUGAGAAAUGCUGGCACCCAGAAUGCUUUGUGUGUCAAACGUGCAAGGAGAUUCUCGUUGAUCUGAUCUACUUUCAUCACGAAGGAAGUAUUUACUGUGGAAGGCAUUACGGAGAAAUUCUAGGAAUAAGAUGUGCAGCAUGUGAUGAGCUGAUAUUCAGCGAAUCAUAUGCUCAAGCCGAGGGACUGAACUACCACACAAAGCACUUCUGUUGUUUUGGAUGCGACAAAGAGCUUGCCGGCCAACAGUACGUACCGAAAGAGGGCCAUCCUUAUUGCAUGGAGUGCAAUGAAGUUAAGUUCUCAAAGAUAUGUCAUGGUUGCAAAAAUAAGAUACCGCCUGCUGAGACAUGCUACAGUUUUGAAGAAUUCUUCUGGCACAACGAUGCAACCUGCUUCCACUGCAGUGUCUGUCAGGUCAGCCUUAUUGGAAGAGAAUUUGUGCCAAAGGAUGGGAUGAUUUAUUGUUCCUCAGACUGCUUUGGAAAAGCAAUGUCAGCUCAAUGAAGCUGUGGUUGUUUUAUUUGCUCAAAAUAUAUGACAUAGUGAUUCCUUGAAGAAUUUUAAGCCAAAUUAAAGAAACAUACGAAAUCACUCUUACCUGCCUGACUUCUUAGUUAUCGAAUCUAGUUUGUAACAAAGCCUUCAUCAAUUUUAUUAGAAACUCAAAGUACAGCAAAACUUUAAAAGUGCAAGAUAUGUCUUGCUGCGCAAAAUCUCAACGUUCAAAUCUUUCUGAAAUUGCUUCUCAAUAUUGCACAUCCCAUUGCACAUCGAAGUUUCACUCAUUAGCCUAAAAUAACAACACUCUAAGCCACACACCAGCCAAACAUAUAUGAAUAUAUUUUACUGCAAGUUAUAUAUGUAUGACACAUUGAUUAUGGUGUUUCAAGUAGAUGAUGUCACUUUUUGACGAAGGAAUGAGAAGGCACCCAGCCACGAGACCAUAUACUAAUCACAGCUCCGAAAUGUUCUGUCUGGGAGAUCAGCUGAUGAGCCAGUGAAAUGUGUGCGAAUAAGCGUAUAACAACACACUUUUUAUGGGUACAAAAUAUAGUAUAUACGUAUAACCUAUAUCUACAACCGCAAAAAAAGUUGUAAAUCACACCGUUGUAAAGAAAAGCUCAUUACAAUUAUCUAGAUUAGGUAUUAAAAUUAUUUUCCUCAGUUAUUAACAAGCGCUUCUUUUUUCUUGUUUACUGUUUUACGAAUUCCUUCUUAUCAACAAACAUUGACCAACUACUAAUAUUAACAGUGGUAUGUCCAUUUUUGUAAAAUGCAUGCUGAUGGACAUUCAAAAGCCAAUAAACAUAAUUGUGAAGCCACCCAGUGAAAAU